AUGUAUGCACUCAUUUUUUCGCUCUGGUCAACAGCGCUGUCGGCUUCUUUCGUCAGCGCAGGUCGUGUCGUCGAUGACCACGCGUGCCACUGGGAUAAUGUCCGCGAUGUCUGCAUGCCCGAGAGUUUGUGCGAGAUGGAUUUCAAGAUUGGCGACCUCAAAUUCAACCAGAGCUGCCGUGUGAGAGACGGAGUGAACCUCUACCCGCAGCAGAUCCACUUGGCUUUCGCAGGAAAGGCGGCGGGUGCAGCCAUGACGGUGUCGUGGGCGACAUUCGAGCCUGUGACUGACAGCGUCGUGUGGGUGGGCAAGUCCAAGGAUACGCUUGAGUUGGUCGACACGCCGGUGUCUGCCGCUAGUUAUUAUAGCGACAACGAGUACAACUUGUUUCACCACCACGCGACAGUCACCGGUCUCAAGCCUCGUACGAGAUAUUUCUACAGGGUGGGAUGUCUAAGUGACGACAAGUACACGAGCGAGGUCAGUUCGUUCGUUACAGCACGUGCCGCCACGGACGAUCGCUCGUUCAGCGUGCUCAUCUAUGGCGAUCUCGGAGACGGCAAGAACUCGGUGGAUACGAUCGGACGCAUUAAUAAACUCACGUCGCACGAUAUCGACCUCGUGUAUCACCUCGGCGAUAUUUCGUAUGCUGACGACGCUUAUUUGACCCUCAAUCAAGCCGCAGGGUUCUUUUACGAAGAAGUGUACAACAAGUGGAUGAACACGAUGAUGCCGCUGAUGAGCCGUGUCCCGUACAUGGUGAUAGUGGGGAACCACGAGGCAGAGUGCCACUCACCAAGAUGCUUGACAUCCAAGAAAAAGCGGGAGCCAUUAGGCAACUACGCUGCGUACAACACAAGGUUCAAGAUGCCAAGCGAGGAGAGCGGUGGCGCUUUGAAUAUGUGGCACUCGUUUGACCACGGCCCGAUCCACUUCACGUCGCUGUCGACGGAGACAGACUACCCAGACGCGCCUACCAACCAAGUUGCUUCCAACGAGAAGUACGGAGGCUUUGGGGAUCAGCUGAGCUGGGUUGAAGCGGACCUGAAAAAAGCGAACGCCAAUCGGGACAAGGUGCCGUGGAUAUUCGUUGGCAUGCACCGUCCAAUCUACAGUAUUUUUGAAUCCAUACACGACGUGCCAAUCUUGCAGACACGGCAUAUCCAGGCAGCCUUUGAAGAGCUCCUGCUUCGGUACAAAGUGGACGCGGUGUUGACUGGGCACAAGCACUACUACGAGCGGCAUCUACCGGUCGCCGAGAACAAAGCUGUGAUGGACGGCGUGUCGGAGAAUCACAGGUUGUAUGACAACCCGAAAGCUCCCGUGCACAUUAUAAUGGGUGGAGCCGGUCAGUCGGAAGGCCUGUCUCCACGGCCGUUGUUCGGUACCUCGUGGAAUGCUGCGAGAGAUUACAAGCACUUCGGGUACACAAUGCUGCGCGCCAAUCGCACGACGCUAUCGUGGAAGUACGUCUCGAGCACCGACGGGUCCAUCCUUGAUCAUUUUGUUAUGUUAAAGACCGAUCCAGCGGCUACAGAGUAA